AAGUAAAGAUGGCGGCUCCUAUGGAAGCGCCAGUGUCCCUAUUCAUGUGAGCGAUCAAAACAAAGCCUUUCCAGGCGCCGUGAGAGCGGGCUUUCGGGAGCGGAGAGAUGUGUGAGAGUUACGCGCGCUCGCUGCUGCGGGUGUCCGUGGCGCAGGUGUGUCAGGCGGUGGGCUGGGAUGCGGUGCAGCUGAGCGCCUGUGAUCUGCUGUCCGACGUGCUGGAGAGGUACUUGCAGCAGCUGGCCCGGAGCUGCCACCGAUACUCCGAGCUCUAUGGACGGACAGACCCUGGACUGACUGAUGUGGACCAGGCUUUUGGACUUUUGGGAGUCACUAUAGCUGAACUCGAGGACUAUGUAAAUAACAUGGAGCCUGUUGGCUUCCCACAAACUAUCCCUCAGUUUCCCAUCAGCAAGAGCAGCGUUCUGCAGUUUCCUGCUGCUGGCUUUGACACGGACGCCCGUGAUGCCCUGAGGGGCGAGAGGAGAGACUAUAUCCCAGAGUACUUCCCUCCGCUCGUCUCACUGCAGGAAGAUGAGGAAGAGGAGGAGCCAGUUCCUGCAGAUAUGGGCACUUCUGCCGAGGCCAUGCAGGUCUCCCUGGGUGAGGAAGAGGAUGGUGAGGAAGAGGAGAAUGAUGAGAACUGGCUUAGUCGUCACGGCGGACAGAGUCCCAGGCCUGAGGGUCUAUUACCUGCCGCCAAGAGACCCCGCCUGAGCACAAAACCUGGUAAUCAGAAGGCAGGAAAGAGGUCACCCGGUAGGCCCAAAAGCCCACGUAGCCCAAGGCCAAGCCCUGCCCAUUUGGGUGCAACAGGACGUGGUUGGGCUGGACCUCCUGGGGAUGAUAGUUCUCGUGAUGGCCAGUUCAGAGCUCAUGAUACAGGAGAUGAGGAUAUUGAGAACUCUAUUGCUGCUGUUAUUGCACGUGCUUGUGCGGAUGGAGAUGGCACAUCAGACCCAUUUGCUUACGACUCGGACUCGGACAGUGAGGGGCCAAACCCUCCAAAACCUGCACCCAAACAUAUACUUAGCCACAUCAAACCUCCACAACCUCUCAUCGGAAAACACCCACUUCCACUAGUUCCCCCAAAUCUCAACCCACCCAACCACUGGACGAUGGAUGACUCUAUAGACGAGGUCAUCCGAAAGGCCAAUCAGGGUCAAAAGCCAAUUCAGACCCCAAGUCUUUCACCUCCAGAACCCACUUACUUGUCGUCCCCACCUGACUCACCUCCCACACCGCCGCCACCUCACAAACCUCCCCAGGAACGAAAAAACCCAGCUACCACUACCCUUCUGAAGAAGAAACUCAAGAAGGACUUCAGGGCCAAGUUGAAGAAGAAAGACAAGGAGCGACUCAAGGAGAAGGGCAAAGAGAAAGGAAAGAACAAGGACAAGAACAAGGAGAAGAAGCGAGAAAAGGUGCGAGGGCAGGUAGAGGAGAACAAGAUGCCCUGGCCAGAGCUAUCGCUAGGAGUCGGAGGUGAAGAGCGGAGAGAUGGCAUUAGCGGGAAGAAAGAGAAGGACAAGCACAAGGACAAGAAGAAAGAUAAAGAAAAAAUCAAGAAAGAGAAACGAGACAAGGGCAAGGAGCGAGGCAAGGAGGAGAAGAGGAUAUCUCAAGGAACCAAAGACAUUGCCGCUGCUGUUGGCGCCACCAGCCCACUCUUCAGCCCCCAGACCUGCCUACGAGUUCCGUCAAUGUUGCCCCCUUUGCCACCAAUACUCCCUGAUAAAUUGUUCCCGUACCCCAAGGAUACCAAGAGCAAAGACAAGGACAAGAAGAAGGACAAGAAAGAGAAGAAGAAGAAAAAAGAGAAGGAGAAAGAUAGAGAGAAGGAGCGUGAAAAGGAACGUGAGAAGGAACGGGCAAGGGAGAAGGAGCGAGAUAAAGAAGAGAAGAAGAAAGACAAAGAGAAGAAAGAAAAGACGAAGGAAAAGGAGAAAGACAAGCCAAAACUUGAGAAAUCAAGUUUAUUGGCUGAUGUUCUUCCCGCUGUCCCACCGUCUCCUGUCAUACCUCGACUGACCCUCAGAGUGGGUGCUGGACAAGACAAGAUUGUGAUCAGUAAGGUGGUCCCAGAUUCAGAACCCACACCUCCACCACCACGAACCCCAGUGGCCAGGUCCAGUCCAGGAGCACGGAUGCGUUCCCCUCCUGCUCCCCCUCCACCUGCCCCAGCUCCUGUAGCACCUCCACCCCGCCCUCCUCCUGUCCUGCCCCCUCCACCCCCAGCCGCCCCCAUUCUGCAGCCACCCAGCCAGGCCAAAGCACGGGGAUGCAGCGUUGUCACGGAGACCGUCAGUGCAUACGUGAUUCGGGAUGAAUGGGGUAAUCAGAUCUGGAUUUGCCCAGGAUGUAAUAAAGCUGAUGACGGCAGUCCCAUGAUCGGAUGCGACGAGUGUGACGACUGGUAUCACUGGCCCUGUGUGGGUCUUGUAGCCGCCCCUCCAGAGGACCAGUCGUGGUUCUGUGUGAAAUGCGCUGGCAAGAAGAAAGACAAGAAGACAAAAAAAAGGAAGCGCAAAGCGCACUGACCCACAUUUCUUUUUCUCCCGUCUCUGUCUUCAUCUGUUUUCGCCUUAAUUCAUUUCCAACUCUGUUUUUCCUCAUUUGUUUGUUUUGUUUGUUUUUUUCACCUAGCCCUUCUUUUAACUUGGUUAACUUAACUCAGUGUCCAUUAUCAUAAUGUAUUUUUUAAAAUGAAAAUUUCAAAUGUGUAUAUGUUACUUUUUUAUGUGGAGAAUCAUACAGUAUGUCUAUAUGAUCUUUGUAUCAAGCUCAUGAUUGUUCAGUAGAUGUGUGUUAAAAGGAACCUCUCAGUUCGCCCUCAUUAAAGGUCGUUCCAUGAAUGUGCUGAUUCAUCAAAUGUACAUCACCAUGAGAAAAAAAACAUUCUGUACUAUAAUCUGCCUUUUAAUAUCAUUCUUCUGAUUGAUUUUGACUGGAGGUGCAGUUUCAUUUUACUAUGGAUUUAAUUAAAAGUUGCUU